AUGCUCAACUUGGAUGAAUAUUUUAAAACUACUUUCGAGGAUAAACUCCUCUUCAAAAUGCUGGAGCGAGAAGAAGACCAACUCACACCAGCAACGCGCCUCUUGGAGAAAAGACGAGAGUUAGCUGAGGUGGAACAGGCUCUGGCAACACAAAAAGAGGAAUUCCAAAUGAAAAUGGAAAGUCUUCAGCAAAGAAGAGCUGAACUGGAAAGAAAGGAAUUACAACUGAAAGAAUCGCUGGAAAAAUUUGAUAAAUUUUUAAAGGAAAAUGAUCUGAAGAAGAAUCGGGCCAUAAAAAAGGCAAACGAUGAACGAGAUAUGAAGAAAGCCAAAGACAAAGAAAUAGAAAUAUUGCAAGUGGAAUCAGAAAACUUAAACAAAGAAUGCAAACAGAUGAAAAACAAACAAGAUGCGUAUAUGAUAUUCAACUCUUUUAUGCUACGAAUCUUGAAUGACACGGAAGAAUUUAAUGAAAUUAGAGAUAUCAUUUCACGAUACGACACACUGAUCUCUACAUACAAAGAUUUGGUGGAAGCUGAACAGAGAAACCAAGAUAUGAUUGAAAAAAUUAAACAGAACACUCUCAGAGAGACAGAAGAAAAACACAAUGAGAUUUUGGGUUACAACAACUUGUUGAGUAAUUUGCAGUCUGAAGUGGAAUAUUACGAAAGUAAGGCUCUUUUUUGGGAAUCCAAAUGGAAUCAUAUCAAGAAUACAGCCUCAAAAGAGGCUCUCAAGUCAGGACAAAUCAAAAUGGCCACUCGUAAUUUGUAUAAUGUGAUUAAAACGUAUCAAGAGCAAAUCAUCACAGAGGAAGUGACAACUUUACAACAAUUAAAUUAUGUUAGAAUAUUUGGAGAGGACCUAACAACAAUCACGCAGACAAUUUACAAUGAAUUCUGUCAGGAUGAAGUCAACUAA